AUGAUCGCGAUUCACAACAAGCACCGACAAAGACCACCUCUAGGCUCUAGCAAGAUCUGCAAACUGCAAAGUCCUCAACGCCCAGCCUCCUCUUUCUUCUCCUCCUCGAAACAUCCCCUGCGCUUCACGUUGCCUCCUCAUAGUCUUCACCGUUUCUUGCUUGGCCUUGCCUCGCCUCGCCUCGCGUUACCGCACCUCACCCUACCUUACCGCCGUACCUGA